UUAUUAUUAGACAAAAUGAAGCGUUUAUCUGACGAGCGUGCGAAGAUUCUGUUCGAGAAGCUGAACAAAUACAUUGGGACAAAUGUAACGCAGCUGAUCGAUCGGCCGGACGGCACCUACUGUUUCCGUGAGCUCCGGGAUCGAGUUUACUAUGUGUCGGAGCGGAUACUCAAGUUAAGCGAGUGCUUCAGCGGCAAGCAACUGGUCAGUGUGGGCACCUGCUUUGGAAAGUUCUCCAAGACCAACAAACUGAAAUUCCACAUCACAGCGCUGUACUAUCUGGCGCCGUACGCCCAGCACAAGGUGUGGGUGAAGCCAUCAUUUGAACAGCAGUACCUGUACGGCAACAACGUACCCAAAUCGGGUCUGGCACGAAUCACCGAGAACGCAGCACAGUACCAGGGAGUGGUGGUGUACUCCAUGAGUGAUUUGCCCCUAGGCUUUGGAGUUCUGGCACGCUCCACCACCGACUGCAAGACCGCUGAUCCAUUGACCGCAGUCUGUUACCACCAAUCGGACCUUGGCGAGUACAUACGCGCCGAAGACACGCUAUUUUAGAUGCGUAAUAUAAAUCUAUAGCUGUAAUCAUGUUUUAGUAAAUAAUAAGUCUUACGAGAAUUUGAAAACACGA